AGGUCUCCUUCCCCAGUGCCAGCCAUCCCUUCCAUGAGGUCUAAGAGAGGUGCAGCCAGGUUCACCCCUUCGGCUCACAUACAUGAAUUGCCUUCACCUGUGCUUCCAGGGCUGAUCAAUCCUUUCUUCAGGUGCUCAAUCAGUUCUUCAGGCUGGGACUCAUCAGUUCCCACACAGCUGUGCAUGAAAAGCACAGGCUGGUUGUGCAGGGGGAACCCCAACCUGUGUCCUGGGGGUGCUGUUGGCAGCAGGGGUCUCCAAUAUGGGGUGUUUCAGAAGUACAGUAGAGCAAGCAGACAGCGUACCAAUAAAUAAAUAUAUUGGGAGGGAGCUCUCAGGAAACCUACUCUGAUAGGGCUGAGUGAUAAAGAAGACUGGAGACCAGAGGUUUACACACUGGCAAAGGAGGCAAGGCAAUAAAUGAGGCACAGAACAGCUCGGGUUGGAGGGGCCUUUAGAGAGCAGUGCUGUGGGAACAGGCUGCCACAGCACAACAUGGCGGCCGGAAGUGAUGCGGCCUUUCCGGAACCUUCUUAAGGGAGCAGCCGGGCGCCAUUUCCUAGAGCCUUAAGGGUGAGGGGAUGGAGAUGCUGGUGCCACGGGGGGCUCCUCUGAGGUGCCUUUCCUCUGCUUUGAAGGUGGUGAUGUGUUUCCAGGCUCCUGGGAUGGCACUGCUCUUCAGGUUGGGGGUCUGGGUGGUGCUGGGGGCUCUUCUCCUUCCUGAGGCAGGCAGCCAUCACCCACCACCCGGUUAUGCUGUCCAUGAGAUCAUCCGGCCGAGGACACUGGUGACAGUAGCAGGCAAGUCAGCAUUGGGAGAGGUGUCCUACAUCAUCAGGGUGGAGGGUAAAGACCGCAUCGUCCGCCUCAUGCAGACACAAGGACUGGUGGUGAGCAACCUCCCGCUCAUCACCUACAGCCCCAGUGGGAGGAGGGUGGUGGAGCAGCCCCAUGUCCCUGAGGGCUGCUACCAUCUGGGCUAUGUAGAAGGCAGCCCCGGCUCCAUGGCAGCACUGAACACCUGUGCGGGGCUGAGGGGACAGCUGAAGAUUGGGAACCUGAGCUAUGGCAUCCAGCCUGUACCGGGCUCCCUGACCUUCCAGCACCUUCUCUAUCGACGAGAGAAGAACUGGAACAGGUUCUCAACGUGUGGCUUGACUGACAUAGUGAUGCGAAAGCAACCAAACUGGAGGGGGGCAAAAAAACCUUUAGGGAAGAAAAGAUUGGAUCAGAGGCUGCAGCACACCAGAUAUGUUGAGAUAUAUAUCGUGGUGGACCAACAGCUGUUUUCCUUCCAAGAGAGGAAUGAAACCACUGUGAUGUUUCUGGUUAUAGAUACAAUCAAUUUAGCAGAAAUACAUUAUUAUUCUCUGAAGGUCCGCAUCUGCCUAAUUGGGCUGGAGAUCUGGACGCGUGGCAACCUCAUCAGGGACAGCCCAGAUAUAGAAGAAGUUCUUAACAAUUUUAAUGACUGGGGAAAUAAGCACCUUUCCCCUCGGAUUAAAUAUGACAUUGCACAUCUAUUCACUUACACAGACUUUGGACUCACUGUUGGGCUGGCGUACAUAGGCAGCAUCUGCCACCCUGGCUACCGGUCAGCUCUUGUAUCUUACAUACGAGAAGAUCUUGCGACCUUUGCAAUUAUUUUUACGCAUGUGCUGGGUCACAACCUGGGGAUGGAGCACGAUAGAAGGGAGUGUAGUUGUGGAAAUGCCAAGUGCUACAUGACGGGAGGUUCAGUUGACGGUGCCACGGCUUUCAGCAACUGCAGCAUUCAGAGCUAUUUAGACCUGCUCAGCAGUGGGGAUGGCAACUGCUUAAACAACAUCCCCGAGCCCAACAAAUUCUUCACUUUUAAGACCUGCGGCAACAAAGUGAUAGAUGAGGGAGAGCAAUGCGACUGCGGGGGGAUUCAUGACUGCCGAGGCAAUCCCUGCUGCUACCAUGACUGCAAGUUGAAGCCAGGUGCUGUCUGCUCUGUUGGGCAGUGCUGUCAGAAGUGCCGCUUUCAACCUCCAGGAUACAUGUGCAGGUCAGAGGCAGAGGAGUGUGAUUUGCCUGAGUACUGCAAUGGGACUUCUGAAUGGUGCCCAAGUGAUCUGUACCUUCAGGAUGGGACGCCCUGCAGUGACGAUGGUUACUGCUACAGGGGGAGAUGUGCGUCCCUUGACAAACAAUGCAGAAAAGUCUUUGGGGCUGAAGCUCGGGUUGCUCCAGAAGGUUGCUUCAAACAGCAGAACAUGAAAGGGGAUCGAUUUGGCAACUGUGGUGGCGAUGGGAAUGAAGUUGCUUUUGUGGAAUGUAGGCCCCAAAAUGCUCUGUGUGGAAGGCUGCAGUGUGUGAAUGUAAAGAAGACAGCCUUUCUGGAGAAGUCUGAAACCCUCAUUCAGGCGCCAGGACCUGAGGGUUGGUGCUGGGGCACAGUCCACAAAGCUAGCAUAGAUACACCUGAUAUCGGAGGAGGAACUGAUGGCACCAAAUGUGGUCCAAAGCAUAUCUGUAUUAACAAGAUAUGCACGAAUUCCACCAUCUUAGCCAAGUGUGAUGCAAAUGUAUUGUGCAACGAAAACGGAGUUUGCAACAACCUUGGGCAAUGCCACUGCUACCCUGGCUGGGCCCCCCCCGGCUGCGAGUACCAUGGACUUGGGGGCAGUUUGGACAGUGGCCCCCCACCAGCUCUCAUGAUCUCCAACGCAGAGGCUGUCCAUGAUAAAACUUUUGGGAUUGCAAUAGGAAUCACUGUUCCCGUUGCCUUCGUUCUCGGUGCUCUCCUCUUUGUUGUCAUCAAAUACAUUAAUACAAUAACUGCAUUUUUCAGGAAAACUUCACCCAUAGAGACAUCUGAGACUCCUGAAAACGAGGAGCAGAAGUCGGAAGAAGAAGAAGAAGGAGAAAAAGAAGAAGAAGAAGAAGAAGACAAAGUUUAAAAAACAUGAAAGCACUGGGAAGUUCAUCAGCUGAGCUUUGGGAAGGACUGAGGGGCUCUGUGCCCAGACUGACAGUCCCAGAUCUGUACAAAGUGAUUUAUUUAAUGUUGUAAACUGUAUAAAAGUUAAUUACACAAAACUUGAGUAUUUCCAUUUCUUGUAUUCCCGACUAUGUAAAUAAAUUUGGGUUGGGCCCCAAAAACAAAACUGUGAGAAAUUAAAGAGCAUGAAAAAAUAUAGGGUUGUUUUCCCCUCAGUGUAGCUAAAGACACGUUUAUGGGACCACAGUAAUUCACUUAAACAUUUAGAGGAGCAAGUGAAGUCCUACUUUCCUGGUUUGUGAGAGAUGCUCUGCUGGGUUGAAGAACCUUAUUUUUCUGAGUGUUGUGGCUGAGCAGGAGUUGGGAUGAAGGGAGAUGUGAGAAAAGUCAAAGCGUGGAAGUACAUGCUGAUGAUUGAAUCACCAAGGUUGGGAAACACCUGUAAGAUCAUCCAGUCCAACCAUGCAGUCUUGCUCCAUGCAGCUGGCUAGCAGGAGGGUGCAUGCUCUUGUUUUCAUAUUGAAUUAAAAGAUGGAUUUAAAAAUAUUCAUCUUUGCUUUAAUGUUAACUCGUAAUGGCAAAUAACUGACAAACACGUAGAAAAGUAAAACGUCUUUUGACCACACGCCCUCAAAGGAGCUGUACUAGAUCUUGGAGUUGUUACAUUUAAUUUGCUGUAUUUCUAGAGAUACUUCCAUAAGGAGAAAGCCUGUGCUAAAAAUUUACCGGGUUUUAAAGGAUCCCUUUCAAGUCCAUAGAAAUCUGUAAAAUAAAUAACUAUCUUCACUGAAAGUGCUUUUCUGACAGAUCUGCUCGGGCUCUCGCAGAACUACAGUUAACCGUGCUGGUGACAAAACAGUUCACACCAAGACAGCCCAGCAGCUGUGCUGGCUGGCAUUGCUAAAAUACGACGAGGCCCCAUUGGGAUGCUGCCUACUCUCGUUUUUGCUGCAGGAAUUCAUCAGAGCAGGGUUGAUGUGGACACCUCAGUGUCUGGAGGGCUGGCAGGGAGUGUGCUGGCAUAGAACUUCUUCUGAGAGCGCAGGAGAGGAGUCUGAGUGUCAACGUCACGGCAGAUAUUGCGUUUGAGGGAGAGGAAGACGUGCUGUGUCCAGCCGUACACAAUGCAGUUCAGAAGUCCCUGGGAAGCUGCUGUCAGUGCCUGGGAGAGAUGGCAAGGGAGAUCAGGGCUGCUUUGUCAGUCAACACUGCACAGCAUUCAGCAGCUCCCUGCCAGCCUGUCAAAUCUGACACGUUACUCCAGGCCUCCCACUUCCAGCAUGAUUUUAUCUAUCUGCAACCCCCAUGUGAUAUAGAAAUCUCACGGUUAUUUUAAUAAUCCCUGCUAAAUUCUGCCUCCGGCACAUCAGGCAGCUGGACGAGUGCUGGGGAGGAAUUUCAAUCAGAGACUGUCAGAGAAAUAGAAAAAUGUAACUGAAUUCUGAGGAUCCCUUCUAGUCCUACUUAAUGCAAUCUUCAUGACAGUGUGAUUUUUGGCUACUGAGACCUUUUCAAGUCUGCAAAAAACACAGCAACUAAGAAAGAACUUUUUUUUUUGCCAACAAAAGGCAACCAAAGCAGUUACGUUCAUAGCUAGAAAAGCUCUGUUUUGUCAAGCAGAUGUUAGAAAUAGACAAACACUAAUUCAUCUGUUCAAGCAGAGAAAGCAGAUCAUCAGAGGAUGCAGACAAAGACUUUUACCUGCAGAACAAGAAGAGCCAUGUAGAUUUUGCUGCUUGUUGAAGCUGUCAGCUUCAGUAUUCCAAGGAGGACAGCUGUGAGGAAGGAUUGACAAAAGGGUGUUGCUUUAACCUCACCUCCUUUGACUUUCAUUCCCAGGCACUGUGUCUUGGGGGAAUAUUGUGAGUGUAAAUCAGCUCUCUGCUAACCUGGGGCCCAGCAGCAGAAGAAUGCGAUGGGGUAAAAAACCACUCGUUGUUCCACCAUCUUAAUCAUUGCCCACUGCUGAUCUCCCAGGAAUCCUGUGGAGUUUACGAACCUUUUGUACAAACCUCGGGCUUGAAUGAGUACAACCUGAAAAGAACAAGCACACAUUCUUGCUUGCAUUUUCAACACAUGCUCAGAUCUCGCUUGCUCCUCUGUAGAACAGAAUAAUAUCUCAUGUUUUUUGGUGAAAUCCUCAUGUCAGUCUAUUAAACCUCUUCACACUGUGCAACAUUGUGCUUCCUAGGAGACAGCAGUUGCUUUGCACAUGAUCUUCUCUGAACUGAGGACUCUUCAUUGAUUAUUCUCUUGCACUGAGCUGCCAUGUGAUCUCUGCUGCUGUUCUCUAAACCUUCUCUGCCUACUCUGUCCUGUUUGAGAUGGGCCGCUCCAGAUGGAUUUAUAUUUUCUCCUGCCCCCCAGCUCUUCCAAAAGUGAAGCAGCACUGCACAGUUCUUCUCCUCACACUGUCUGACUGAUGAUACUAUCCAAGUAAACUUGGCCGACUGAGAAACAUCUUGCAUGCAAAGUGAUUUGUGACUCAUGUAAUGAUGAAAUGGGGUAGAACUUCUCACGCUAUCCAGCUGGUGCAAUGGCUAGCAUGCAAGGAUUAUGUUUCUUACCAGAAUAGCUAUGAAGCUGACCAGAAAGGAAACAAGGAAGACCCCAAUGCCAUAGAAAUGCAUGGCUCUGCAAACAGAGCCAUUCAGCGUUAGCGGCUCGUUGGUGGGCUCAGCCAUUUCUGUGUGCAUCAAGAGACAUCUGUGGGGAAAAAGCGAGCAGCCUGAGCUCUUGCCAUGACUCAGAAGUGGUGAGGCUGUUUCAGAGAGAAGCAUGAGCCUUACCCAUGCUUUUGACUGAAGUUCUGGUAGCAGUUACUGCUGUUGCCCAGGCAAAACACAGGCAUCAUAAGAAGAAAAGGGAUCAGGCUAGGAGAAGAGAGGACAACAGCACAGUUACCGCACUGCAGUGCACCUGCUGCCAGCAAAACACUCCUCGUUAUUUCUUCUGUCACUGCAGAAGGCUUAGAAAUUGUUUUUAUUGACGCUGCUCUAGAGGGAUAUUUUACCAGCUUUGCUAAUUUCUACAUUUCAUUCAUACAGACAAUUGGUAAAAGGAACACACCGAGAAAAGACUGCAUAUGGUUAAUAAAGUUAUAACUACCUUGGCUGGAAGAAGGUCCUUACAUCCCAAGACUCUUGCUCUGAACAUUCAGUAAAGCUCACAUCAAAGUAAGUAUAAGGCAGGGAUCAGUGCACUACAAUUUACAAACUCACACCGUUUUGCCAGAGGGAAAUGAAUCUUACCUGGACAAAAUUGUUGCUACUCGGCCAAUGCAACUGGCAUAAUCUACAACCUGCAAAGUCCAAAUAGUUUAGUUAAA